AUGGCUAGCCGUCCAGUCUCCUUCUUGCAGGUCGUUGGUCCUGUACUCAUACUGCUAUUGUUUUGUGCUGCCUCUGUGAUAGCCCAGGACUGCACUCCAAAGCCGGAUAUUGUGGCACUACCCCGGAGCAUUGUGGCGAAGGGUGUGUUUCCAACUGUGAUUACAAACUUGGUUGUGAUGCCUCGAAUCCUUGCCCAAGUGGUUGUUGCGUAUUGCGAUCCUGGAUAUGGUGCUGAAUGGGCGGAAAAGGCUCACUGCCCCUUAAACGUGUGCUGUUCGAAAUAUGGCUUUUGUGGGAUCACCGAAGAAUUCUGCGGGAACAAGACUGUGAAGCAUGAGACCUGCAGCAAAGAUAAAUACCUCUCGCGCGUGGUUGGCUACUACGAGGGCUGGAGCUCCCGGCGAGGUUGCAAUACGGUCUGGCCGGAGCAAAUCAAGCUGGGCGUCUACAGUCACAUCAACUUUGCGUUCGCGACCAUCCACCCGGAGACCUACGAGGUACUGCCGGCGGAUGAGCGGGACGUGCCGCUGUAUAAACGUCUUACAGAUCUGAAGCAAUAUGAUCCGAACCUCAAGGUCAUGAUUGCGCUGGGAGGCUGGACCUUCAACGACCCUGGUCCCACGGCGACGCUCUUUUCUGAUCUGGCAGCGUCCGAGGAGAAACAAAAGAAAUUCUUUAAAUCCCUCGUCUCGUUCAUGUCGACCUAUGACUUUGACGGUGUGGAUCUAGACUGGGAGUACCCUGAGGCUUCAGAUCGGAGUGGAAGACCGGCUGAUUAUGACAACUUCCCCAAGUUCAUGGCGAACCUGAAAAAUAGCCUGGAUAAAACGCCUGGACGAAGCGAGCUGUCCAUCACUCUGCCUGCAUCGUAUUGGUAUCUCCAGCACUUUGAUAUCAAGGAACUCGCAAAGCAUGUUAGCUUCUUCAAUAUCAUGACUUAUGAUCUGCAUGGGACCUGGGAUCGGGGAAACAAGUGGACCGGCGAAUACUUGAAUGCCCACACCAAUUUGACUGAGAUGAAGACAGCGUUCGAUCUGCUGUGGCGGAACGAUAUUGACGCGGACAUGGUGACCAUGGGCUUAGCGUUCUACGGGCGUGCGUACACCGUUGCCAGCCCGAACUGCAUGGAGCCUGGGUGCCUUUAUCUUUCCGGCGGAAAGAAGGGCGAGUGCAGUGACGAAACCGGAGUCUUGCUUAACAGCGAGAUCAUGGAUAUCAUGUCCAGCAAACAGCUGUCUGCAAAACUGUACAAGGACGCUGCUGUCAAAGUAGUACACUGGGAAGACCAGUGGGUGUCCUACGAUGACAAGGAGACAUUUCAGAUCAAGACCGACUUUGCCCGAGAGCAGUGUCUCGGCGGUGUCAUGGUCUGGGCCAUCAGCCAUGAUACGCAGAGCGGCACCUUCGCAGGCGCGCUGGCCGCAGUGUCAAAUCGGCGCGUUUUGGCGCAACGGCAGGUACAAGACGAUGACUAUGUUGUUGACACAACCAACUACGAUACCUGCAAGUGGAGUAACUGCGGCGAGCCCUGUCCGUCGGGCUGGCAAAUGAUCAAACGGGAGGACGAAUGGCGCAGGAGCUCCAAUGACUACAUGCUCGACUCCACGGGCUGCAACGGCGUCGGCUACCGUUCCUGGUGCUGUCCUCCAACCACGGCCCCGAAAUGCGGGUGGUACAGCUUCAACAAUGGACACUGCAGCUCUGGCUGUCCUAGUGGAUCGGUUGAGGUUGGCUCAACACGAGAAGGCUGCAAGAACUACGAAUUUGAUUACCAGGCUGCCUGUUGCACAAUCCAGGACAGCGAUGGAAGCGAGAUCACGAGCAUGGCCCUGUACAACACCUGUGAGUGGGCAGCUUCUCCUCUAUGUGACACGGGCGUAUGUUCAUUCAAAGGCACUACAAAGCCUACUGAGCUGGUCAAAUCCGGCACGGGCAGUGGAGGUGUCUAUUGUCUUCCUAACGGGAAAAUGGAGCAAACUGUUUUCCCCAAAGGACAAUUGAGUGAGCGCAAGCUCUGCUGCAACACGAAUGAGGCAACCCGGAAAUGGGAAAAAUGCGAAUGGCACAAUAAUAUCGGCUUGGGAAAACCGGGGCAGGAUUGUUAUUCUGGGUGUCCAAAGGAUACGAUUCGAGUAGCCAUGAACACUUACAAUCAUGGUUGUUACGCCAGGGGCGGCCAGGCCUUUUGCUGCAACGCUAACUACUACACUGAGUCGAAGCGGCUGUCAGACGAUCUCCAGACGUUUCAGGAUGCUGUCGAUGCCUGGAUUGCAGACCCAGCAUGCGUUACAGAGACGUCGACAACCCAGUCUGUGAGCGCUAGAGCCUCGAAGUGCGACCGGGGCGUCUUGCAUAUGUAUCUCGCGCAGCUGUUCCUGCGCGGGCUGGUCAAUCAAGACCACUGGGACGCGGUUGCGAAGAUCUGGAAUAGGGUGAGCGACAAGUUUUCGCACCUCGGGGCGGAGUCCCUGUUCAACUUUGUCACCUCCAAGGAGAAGUACCCGGCCUACUUCAUACAUGGGAAGGACCAGACAGCCGACGAGGUGUUGGAUCGCCCAGUUUCUUUUGAUCUUAUGAUUGGCGGUGAUCCAAAUUUCAUCUCCUGCGAUCUGGACUUGUGCACUUACAUGGAUUGUUCCAAGGUUGAUGCUGAUGAAUCCGACGAUGCACUUGCAGCGCGGGAUGUGCUUAACAUGCUUAUAGGCCGUCAAGCGAAAGACGACGACAACGGGCCAACUUGGUUCAGUUGCAACGACGGGCUGAAAAAGGCCAAGCUCCAGUAUACCAGAGCCGACUAUCCCACGAUCUCACAGUGGGCCCCGGAUGAGGAUGCCAUGAAGGAAGCCGUUGACUAUGAGUCCAAGGAGGAAUGCACUAACUGUGAAGUAACCACCAAGCAAGCGAGCAAAGGGGACCAAAAGAAAAAGAAAUAUACCACGGAGCAUAUUAUUGAGGUCAAGACCAUCCUUCGGUUCCUCAAGUGGUUGAUCAAACACGAAGAGUGCGGCGUUGAUUGCACAUUCUUCGCUGAAUACUUCUUCAAGGCAGUGUUGACUGGAAAUAAUCCGCCGCUCCCAGGCGGGAAAAAUUCCCAGAAGCCUAUCACGCGUGUCAUGGAGGCGCUCGGGAGCCUCAACCUGCGGGAGAACUUCCGAUUGCUCGAGAAGGGCCUCAAUGAGAUUAAGGGCGGAAUCUGGGGAGUGAAAGCGGAACCUAAAGACUGGCAUAAAUGGAUCACCUCGGAUGAUCCCAGCCCUGCUCUAGCUUAUCUGCGAAAUCGCUUUCUCGCUCAGGUCAUUGCGGUCUAUAAUUAUCUGAAUCUCCCACAGGUCUGGUCCCGCUUCCAGGCGACCAACCGAAUCCUGCGCGGACAGAUGCAAUAUGUGUCUGAUGCGUAUAACACAGCUAACAAAGAUAAUAAGGACAAGAAGCAGAUCAAGCUACUAGAAUGCUGGGACAAGUUCCUCGCGGAAUUCCUGAAAGAGAUGCUCGGGGACUCCACCAAGUUCAUCCAAGUGGGGAUCGGGCAGUUGCGGACUUAUUGGAUGGAGAGUCGCGACCCAGAGAACAAAGAUUGGCUUACCAAAGUUGCUCAGGUUAAGGGCUACCUGGAUGCAUUAGAGGGAAAGAUUGGCAAGGUCAGUUUGGAUCUAAACCAUCUGGUCUAA